AUGAGCAGAUUGGUUAACGGUGUGCCGUCGACGCUGCCACGUACUUUCAAAUCCUUUUUCAAUCGUGCUCGUAGCGGCUCUAAUGAUCCAGAAACGGUCGAAAACGUGCAAGGAUGGAUCAAGUCGGUGCGAUUGAUGAAAAACAUGGCAUUCGUGGACCUUCAGGAUGGUACUACGCCGCACACCUUGAAACUGGUGGUGCAGCGUGCUGGGGUUGGUUCGGAAAGCUCUUCAGAAGACCAUCUUCGAAAAUUGAAAACGGGCCAAUCAGUCACGGUGAAUAGUGCUGUGUGGAUGCCUACGCCCACGCGGCAGCAGCCCUUCGAGCUGCAAGCCGCUGAAGAUGCGGUAAGAAUAGUGGGAGAUGUGCCUGCAUCUUAUCCGCUGCAGAAAAAGAGCCAUUCGCUAUCAUUUCUACGCACACAACCGACGCUCAAGCACAGAUCCCAUUAUUUAGGCGCAUUACUGCGAUUUCGGUCCCACGUAGAGGUAGCUUUGACCCAGUUUUUCGAGUUGCACGACUGCACCAAAGUGGCUCCCCCAAUUUUAACAUCUGGCGAUUGUGAGGGUGCAGGUGAGCUUUUCCGCGUAGAGUCUCGUGCACGGUGGGGUCAAAUGGCUCAGUAUUUUGGACAAGAAACCUACCUUACUGUGUCGACACAAUUGCAUUUGGAAGUUUUGGCAGCAGCACUUGGCCGCUGCUGGACGCUUUCGCCUUGUUUUCGUGCCGAAGAGAGCGAUACGAAUCGUCAUCUCGCCGAGUUUUGGAUGCUAGAAACAGAGUUGAGUUUUAUCGAUAACGUUUACGAUCUUACCGUCUUUGCGGAAACGAUGCUCAAAUACGUGGCGCAGCGGUGUAUCGAUCGACAACAAGAUCUGUUACCAGCGUUGGUACCCAUUGGAUCCAAUGCCGAAGACGUCAAAGUUGUAGUCGAGCGGUGGGAAGCACUAUUGGCGCGUGGCCAAUGGCCACGUCUUACGUAUUCCGAAGCAAUAACGCUGCUUCAAGGCCAGCAUGUUUCCCAACCGUUCUCAUUCGAACCCGUGUGGGGUCAAGAUUUGCAGACGGAGCAUGAAAAGUGGCUUGCUGCGCAUUUGGACUCGCCCGUUUUCAUCACCGAUUAUCCACGUUCUUGCAAGGCCUUCUACAUGAAGCAGAACACCGACGGUCGCACAGUUGCAUGCUUCGAUCUCCUUGUUCCACAAAUGGGUGAACUCAUCGGUGGAAGCGUCCGUGAGGACAACUACGAGACCCUUUUGCAGGAGAUGUCGCGCAGGAAUAUGAACCACGAGGAUCUUGCCUGGUACACGGAUUUGCGACGGAACGGCAGUGCGCCUCAUGGUGGAUUUGGUCUGGGACUCGAGCGCUUUGUUGCCUGGCUUUUCGGUGCCCACAACAUCCGAGAUGCCAUUCCGUUCUCGAGAAGUGCUGGAGGUUCAAUCGAAUUGUGA